UUUUGCAGUCACAGCGGGCAGACUUGUAACUAUCAGAUGAAAUAAAAACGAGUUGUGAAAAAAAACUAUCAACAUUCAACCAUCUCUCAGUCGAGCUCUCUGUUGAUGUUUCUCUCUGGCGUAUCGGCUCAUACCUGCCUAUAUCGCGUGGUUUUCUGCUUUCUUCAAACAAACCAACGAAACGAACCAUGCACAACAACCCAUCCAGCCCGGCGACGGACGCCGAGACGAGUGUACGAUGAUGAUGAUGGGUCUGUGCGUCAUCGGCGAAGAGUAAGUUUUCUAUAUUUCUAUAUGCGACAUCAACCGGUGAAGACGCGAGAAUUAUAAAUUCCUAUACUUAUACUUACUCAACGGUUCCUAAAACACUAAGCACAGGCCACUUAUGACGGCAGGUGAUUUCUGAGCAUAUCUUCGGAUGACGUGGUGAUAUCUGGUUUUGUGUUUGCUAAGCAUCUGGCAAGGCGAGUGUCAUCAGCAGCAGCAUCCCGAGAAGGCCGCCCGUUCCUUAAGGCAUUGUGGAUAACAUGAUCAACAAAAAUGGAAACGCGGCUAUCGCUGCCUCAAAAUUAAUGUCACCGAGAUUGCAUUUGAAGGUAGAAAUCAUUCUGCGAAUCGUACUGUUUGUCUUUUACAUAUACUUCGAGCUGAAGGAACCGUUCGUUCGUAAAAUCCAUCCGGAUGAAAUGUGGUUGUACCGGAAUCCACGAACUUCCAGUUACGUACCGCUUAAUAUGCUUUACCCGACGACGCUCAUCUUAGCCGGGUUGAUUUUUGCCACCUACUAUGUUCGCUCCAAGGACUUUGAAGAUCUCAAAAGUGCUUGGCUAGGACUGACGCUGUCGAUUGCUCUGAACGGAGUGAUAACUCAUUCGAUUAAGUGUGCUGUGGGCCGACCGAGGCCGGACUUUUUCUGGAGAUGCUUCCCAGAUGGGCAGAUGAACGAUGAUAUGGUUUGCACCGGAGACAAAUGGACUGUUAGCGAUGGACGCAAAAGCUUUCCCAGUGGACAUUCUUCCUAUGCAUUCUCGGUUCUAGGCUUCCUGGCAUGGUAUCUGUUCGCGAAAUUGCACGUCUUCACUGAAAGGGGUCGCGGUCAAUCGUGGCGUUUGAUAGCCGCUCUCUGUCCCCUGUGGGUUGCAGUGAUGGUGGCCAUCAGUCGCACAUGUGAUUAUCACCAUCAUUGGCAAGAUGUCUCCGUUGGAUCCAUCAUAGGGAUAAUAGAGAGCUAUCUCUGUUAUCGUCAGUACUAUCCAUCGAUAGGCUCGCAGCAUUGCCACGUUUGUUAUAGCAGCGGGGAAGUGAAAACACCCAUAAUGAGCAGAAAAAUAUCACCUAAACCUGAGUCUUCCAGUUGUCCCACGGAACCAGAAGAAAAGAAACUACUUAGCACCGAGGACAAAGAUUCACGAUGGACGUAAUACCGUCUAAAAUAUUUUUUAAUUCUGAAUUUUUACUAAGUAAACUAUACUAAGUAUACUAAUUCCAUUUC